UGUGUGUGUGUGUGUGUGUGUACGUGUAUGUGUGUUCACUACAGUCGAUUCGUGUUCCGCAGCGGCGCGGUCGCCGCUCAGUCCGCCGUGGGAGCGCCUCCAGGAGUCCGCGGAGCUCCUCCCGCUUUCCAACACGUCGUGCGUGUGUUAUAUAUAUUCGCUGCAUAACACCACUCACACAGUCUCGUGUCUUCUUACUACACACAUAUUUCAAGUACACGUAAUAUCACGAGACGUAAGAAGAUUGUGCACAGGAUCAAGUUGUGUGCAUGCGUGUAUGUGCGCUAUUAUACACGGAGGAGACGAGAUAAUAAUAAUAAUAAUAAAUAAGGAAAAUUCAAACACACGUCGGUUCUUCUCUCGCCCCAUCUCAUCGUCGUCUCUCUGCUCCCUCGUCGGAGCAUAGCAGCUAUACACAGCAGCGGAGAGUUGUGUCUUGCGGAGGUUGUGAGCGCUGCUGCGCGCGGGUGUCUCGGCUACUGCUGUGCAUAUCUGCUGCCCCCGUGUCUGUGGCCUGUGCUCGUGUAUAAGUGUAUGUUUGUGUGCGUGCGUGCCAUCACGAGUUGUGAUCCGCAUGUUAUGAAAAAAUAGUGCUACACGACGCAGAAUAUAAUAAUAAUAAUAAUAAUCGACGGUUUGUGACAGGCAGGCGACAUACGUUACAUUAUUAACAUAGCGUAUAUCGUCGUCAUCAGCAGCAGCGAGUUGUGAACGCAAGAUAUAGUAACAGUAGUAGUAGUAGUAGUAGUGGGUAGUAGUAGUGCGCGGGUGUGUUACUGCUGCUACGGCUGCUGCUGCUGCUUCUCUGGCUCGUCAUCAUAAUAGUAAUCUCAUUGUGUUGUGCGCGCGUAAAUAACUAACGAAGAGAGAGGAGACGGAGUGAACGAGCAAGAGAGAAGAGAAGAAGAGUGUAUACACAUCGUAUAAAUACGAGAGAUAGAGUGUUCAUGACAUGGUAAAGCUGUUCAAAGCACGUGAUACAUGACGAUGAUGCGACAAUAAAGCUACCCUUAUGACCACGUCUCAAGAAUCUUAGACUAGAAUCUCAGUGUCAAUCAGCGCUUCCUAACAAAAAAAAUAGUAUAAAAAUUACAACCAGAAACAAUCAACCUUUAAUUGGAAACAGAAAAAUUAUAAAAGCACAAAAAGUAAAAAACUAUACAUAAUUAGCAUUAAACUAAACAAAAGAAAGGAUAACAGGAUAAAAGAGCUCUGCAACUCUAAGUGCCAAUAGUGAAAAAGCCAAGCAACAUUUCUGUGUAUGCAACCCCUUCAGUGUCAAAAAGUAAAAAAAAUAAACGAACAAACGACUCGAAUUAAAUUGCAUUUUUAACAAGGACAACGUCGGAGUCGAAGCAAACAACAACCCAAAACAAAAAAAAAGUUAUCAAAGCCCCCAGCGCAAUGAGGAGCAGCGACAACGCAACGGCGGAGGCAACAACACGGCGCGGCGCUACCCGCAGAACUACCCACAACAGCACGUCGUUCGACGGAAUCGAGAAGUCGCUGUCGCUGUCGCCAGUAGUCGAGGCUGCUGCUUAACUGCGCGGGAAGAUGGGCAACAAAUUGUCAUGCAGUUGCGCGCCCCUGAUCAAGAAAGGCUACCGUUACGAGGAUUCGCCGUGGCAGGCGAACGCCCGGGGCCGCUCGAGCGCCGGUGGCGAGCGCAGGGGCGAGACCGGCCACUUGCUCAGGUGCGGAAGCUUAAGAGAGAGGAAGAGACUAUGGGCGGAGGUGUUUCACGUAACGAGCGGCGCCGGCAGCGUGAAAUGGCAGCAGGUCUCGGAAGACCUGGUGCCGGUGAACAUCACCUGCAUUCAGGACACGCCCGAGACCAUUUUCCACAUUACCGCGUACAACUGCCAGGUGGACAAGAUCCUCGAUGUCAGACUCGUGCAGCCUGGCACUCGAAUUGGACAAGCAUCGGAAUGUUUUGUCUACUGGAAGGACACAAUGACUAAUGACACUUGGGGACUGAAUUUCACUUGUCCGAUCGAUGCCAAGCAAUUUCGAGAAUGCGUUUCGCCGUCGUUCAAGAUCCCGCGCAAGGCCUCGUCGUCGUACUCGCUGCGGCUGGAGCCGCUCAACUCGAAGCAGAGCAGCACCAAGCAGAAGGUGAGGAGGAAGCCGCUGUCGACCCCGGCCUCGCCGAGCCGCGGGGCGUCGCGCGAGCCCCAGUGCACCUGCAUGACCCCCGAGCAAUUCAAUCGGCUGCGCCAGGAUCCGAGAUACAGGCCUACUUGCGCAGCGGCUCAAACUCUGCCGAGGCUGACCUCGCGCUCGGCCGACGCGGAGAUGCAGCAGCGGGGCGACAAGAUGCCCAACGCCGUCUCGAGCGGCUCGCUCUACGACAACGUCAACAACUCCAACAACACCGGCGUCGGACCCGGCGGUCAGAUGACGGCCAAUUCGGCGGCACAGGGCAAGCUUUUGAAGCCCGGCGAACAGCAGCAACAACAGCAGCAGCACACGCUGCGCCGCCAGACGAGCGUCGACAAGCAGCAACAGAGCGAGCAGAUGUGUCAGACCGGGGUGAAGACCGCCAACGUGGGCAUCGGCACGACCAACGUCGGCUCGCAGGUCCGCAGGGCUUGGUUCAUGCAGGAUCAGGUGGAAGGGCCCGACGGCGAGAACAAAGUAGGCUCGGCCACACCCGGCGGCGGGCCGCAUCCCAAGAAGCCGCUGCUCAAGCACCAGGACAGCAUGACCCGUCAGACGAGCUUCGACAUGGGCACCCAGAGCAGUUUGGGUGGCGGCCUGAUGCCCGGCGGCCGCUACCAGCACCGCAAGGAGCAGCUGCAGCACACGCGCAGCGCCGACUACACGGAGAUGGAGCUGCGCAACGGCAACCUGUUCGCCAGCCUCGACAACAACAACGUGCCGCCCGGCACGCGACGCAACAAAAGUAAGAGCACCGACGACAUGCGCAUCGAGAACGCGCACCUGCAGGCGCGACCGCCGAGCGGUUUGCUGCCACCCCAGGGUGGUCCUUUGGGUCCUAUGGGCCUCGAUCAUCACACGCUCAAGCGCAUGUUCAAGCCCAUGUCGAGCAUCGAGAGCCCCGUCACCUCGCCCGAGAUGACGCGCAAGCGCCAUCCCCAUCACAUCAACUUUCAUCAAUGCUAUCCGAGCAACAACAAUCAGCAGCAUCGGUACGUCAUGUCGGACGCCGAGAACGACAACUACGCCGUCUACAGGCAGCCCUAUCACAAUCGCCUGCAGACCCUCAGGAGGGUCCACGAGAUGAAUCGUCAUUAUUCCGCACGCACGCCCGGGGCCGGUGGUGGAGCCAGCAAGUUGCCGGCGGGCUCGUCGGCGUCUCUGCCGAGGCCGGUAGCGCGCCAUCAGCAGCAGAACAAUCACGCGAUGGGAAAUGGUCCUCCUCUUCAACAUCAGCAGCAGCAGCAGCAGCAACGUGGCAGGAUUCCCAACGGACAAUACCUGAAUCUGAGCUCGAGCAAUCUGGCCACCAUGAACGGGGGUACGACGACGCACACGGCGACUCUGCCGCCCCCGGGUUCGAAUUCGCGCUACUACGCUGCUGGCUCUGCUACUGUCGCACCCUCGGCCACCGCAUCCUCGCUGCACGUAGUCGCGAACAACUCUGUGUCGUAUGGCGGUGGCGGGCCGUCGCCUCGCGCGGCCUCCCCGCUCUACAUUGAUAUCCAAGCGCAAACGUCCGCUGCGUCCUCCUCGUCUAUGUCUAUGUCGCAACCACAAAAUCGACCAGUCGCGAUAAAUCGCUGUGUGGCUGGGACCGCAGGUGACGUGUCGCCGCCCUCGGACAACGUCAUCUUCGACAACCAGUGCUACGCCACGACGCCGAGCUCCAGCAACGGCAACAGCGACCUCGAGCAGCAGCCGGGUGGACCAGCAGGAGGACAACCAGGUGGCGGUGGAAUGCCGCACUGUCAGCAGCGCAACUGCAACGGCCAGGGACCGGUGUACGGGCCACCGCCCCCGCAGCGACCUCCCUCGGUUCAGGCCCAGCGACCGCCGAGCGUCCAAGCCCAGCAGAGACCGGCCUCGGUGCAGGCCCAGCGGCCGCCCUCGGUUCAGCGUCAGAACUCGCGCGAUCAACAGCCCCAGCAGCAGCAGGGUCAACAGCCGGGACAGGGUCAAGGACAGCAGGGACAGAACGCGUCGACGCCAGGCAGCCCGACGUCGCGGCUCCUGCUCGAGUACGAGAUGCAUCUGCGGAACACGCUCGCCAAGGGUAUGGACGCCGAGACUUACAGUAUGCAGACCUUCGAGACAAUCAUGUCGCAAAGCAUGGACGACUGCGAGUACGGUGACAACGCCAACGUCCAGCCGGGUCAACAACCCUCGCAGCGUACCCCGACUCCAAGGAGACGUUCCAGUGCCAACAAGUCGUCGACUUUGCCGCAGUCGUAUCGCUACUGCACCGAGAGGCAAAACAGCCGCGACAGGGACGGUUACUACAGCGACAGAAAUGAAAUAAUGCGCGAGAGGAGAGAACGUGAUUAUGAUCGCGAUCGAGGCUAUCAAAGCGAUUAUAACUCGCAAAGCAGGUGCGCCAGCUGCAUCGGCGAAUCGGCGCGAGCCCAAUGGUUCCGUCACUCGGACGGCUGGCGGUCGGGGAGCUCGACCUUCGGCUCGACGGCCUCGAGCGUACCGACCUACACGGGCUUUCACAGAGGCGGGCCUUGGGACUCGCUGCCGUCGCUGCGCCACGAGGGCAGCCUCAACGACAGCGGCUACAAGUCCAAUCGCACGGAUUCCCUGGAACAUCGGGGCACAUUUGAUCGUCAGGACAGCGUGAGAUCGGACUACAUGUCGGACCGAGAGAGCAGAUACGGCAUAGUGCAGCAGGCCUCCCUCGAAAGCACUGACUCGAGACUCUGCUACUUGACGUCUUCAGAGAUGUCGGACGACGACAGGAUGUCCCUGACGACGGCGGUGAGUGACGACGACGACGGCGAGAGCGCCGUCAACUCGCCUUACCGCGGCAAGCAGACGGGCCAGGCGGCCGCGUCCUUCAAUUGCACCGGUGCGGUGCGCAAAGCUGGCUUCCUGAGCGUGAAGAAGUGGCUGCUGCGCAAGAAGCACCAGAUCGAGCUCGCUCGCAAGCGCGGCUGGAAGGGCUACUGGGUCUGCCUCAAGGGCACCACGCUGCUGUUCUACCCGUGCGAGUCGCAGGAGAAUCGCGCGGUGGAGACGGCCCCGAAGCAUCUGAUAAUCGUCGACGGGGCCAUCAUGCAGCCGAUACCCGAGCACCCGAAGCGCGACUACAUCUUCUGCCUGAGCACGGCUUUCGGCGAUGCUUAUCUCUUUCAAGCUCCUUGUCAAGUGGAGCUGGAGAACUGGGUGAACAGCAUACACUCGGCGUGUGCGGCGGCGUUCGCGCGCCACCGCGGCAAGACCGGCACGCUCCAUCUGCUGCAGGAGGAAAUUUUCCGACUCGACAAGGCCAUCGAAACGGAUCACAAGCUGAGACACAUGGCCGAUUUGCAGCAGUCCGUGGUGACGGACAUCGACACCAAGUCGCAGAUCAACAAUCAGAUAAUGCAGUACGAGGAGAAUCUCGAGCGGCUGCAUUGCGAGCAGUUCCGGCUCAGGUGCUACAUGGCCAGUCUGCAGAGCGGCGAGCUGCCCAAUCCCAAGAGUCUACUGACGCACGUUUCACGAGCAACGAAGCAGAUGCUGAACAAGCUGGGCGUGUUCACGGUCUCGUCGUUCCACGCGUACAUAUGCGCCCGCAGCCCGUCGCUGCUCAACAAUCUGCUGGCUGGACGGGGCGCCACCAAGCGCAGGCCGCUCCUCCUGUCGCGCUCCAACAGCGGCUCGAGUCGACGCUCGCUCCAGAUAUCGCGCGACGACGACAAGAACGUCGUCAAAGUCACUGUACCUGAAAACCAGCUCGUUUCCGUGUUUCUGAGAGACGGCAUGACCGUCGAGGAGUUUCUCGCGAGCGCCUGCAGCAGGAAGGGUCUGAACGCGAUGGAGCACUUUGUGCGCGUGAAGAAGCGCCGCGACAUGGAGGAUCACAAUUACUUCGUGCCCCACAGAUCGGACGUCAUCGAGACCUACCUUCACACGCACGAGAUCGUCGAGGUCUGCGCCAAGAUCCUCUACCAGGUCGAGCUGCAGAGGAACACCCUCGACCAGAUGUGGGGCUUCUCGGUCGAGGCCGAGCUCAUCGAGAACGCCGACAGGCAGGACGAGCUCUGCUGCUACGUGAGCCGAGUCGAGGACAAGAGCGUGGCCAUGCAAAACGGCAUAAUCAAGGGCGACGAGAUAAUGGUGAUCAACGGCGCGAUCGUCAGUGACUUGGACAUGAUGUAUCUGGAGAGUGUGCUGCAGGAGGAGCAGGCGCUGUGCAUGAUGAUGCGCUCGUCGCGCACCGAGCCGCCCGACGUCACGGGCAUCAUGCGGGUGACCGACGACAUCAUCGAGAGCCUGGUGUGUCCGCCGCCGCCCCAGGACCCGCCCGUCAUCAGCGAGGAGAUGAUCUCGGGCCUGAUCGUGCCGGCGCCCGGUUGGACCAAAGAGCAAGUGCCGGACAGCCUGAGCGCUCACGACGGCAGCAAGCCGACGUCGCGCGCCAACUCCUUCGAGAUCGAGAAUCUGCUCAAGACCGCGGAACAGGUGACCGGCAUCUGUCGCUCGCCGGGCAAGGCCAGCCCGACCGGCAGCGUGCUCAGCGCGCACUCGCAGGCUCUGACACCCUCGCGUCAGCUCACCGACGCCGAGAAGCUCAAGAAGGUCAUCCUCGAGCUCGUCGAGACCGAGAGGACAUACGUCAAGAAUCUGAACAGCUUGCUGGAAAAUUAUCUGGAACCUUUGAAGCGAGAGACGUUCUUGUCCAAUGCCGAGAUCAAUGCGCUGUUCGGCAAUAUCCAAGAGAUCGUGGCUUUUCAGAGGCAAUUUUUGCAAAAUCUUGAUCACGCAAUCGAGGUCGAGCCCGAGUUUCUCAACUUCGAACAUCCAAGUCAAUUUAAGGGUGUGCUGUUUUCCAUUGGAAGUGCCUUCUUGUUUUAUGUAAAUCACUUCAAACUCUAUAGCUCGUUCUGUGCUAGUCAUUCAAAGGCCCAAAAAGUCUUACAUCCGAAUGAAGGAAAUCAAGCUUUGCAAGAAUUUCUUCAAGCUCGAAAUCCGCGACAACAGCACUCGUCGACGCUCGAGUCGUAUCUGAUUAAACCAAUUCAGAGAAUAUUGAAGUAUCCAUUGCUGCUACAGCAGUUGAGGAAUCUUACUGACGAGCACAGCGACGAACGUCGACACUUAAUAGGAGCACUUAAUGGAAUGGAGAAAGUAGCCGAACACAUCAACGAAAUGCAAAGAAUCCACGAGGAAUAUGGUGCUAUUUUUGAUCAUUUAUUCCGACAACAUCAAAAGUCUUGCAAACAGUCAAUCGAUCUAAGUCCGGGUGAUUUACUAUAUUACGGAGGCGUCGAGUGGCUUAACAUAUCCGACUUCUUGGGCAAAAUUAAGAAGGGACUGGAGUUACACGCCAUGUGCUUUGUCUUCAAAUCCGCAGUUGUCUUCCUAUGUAAAGAGAAACUCAGACAGAAGAAAAAAUUGAUGUUCGACCUGCAAGGCGGCUCGAAAGCCAACACCGGCAAGAAGAACGACGGCGACGUUGAGAUCAUACGCUACCAGGUACUGAUACCCGUGACCGAGGUCCAGGUGCGCUCGAGCUCGGCCAAGGACAUGGAGUCGCACUUCCUCUGGGAGCUCAUACAUUUGCGCAGCCAGCUGCAGCGCCGCUCGGAGAAGGUCUACGUGCUCUCGAACAGCACGAGCGACUUCCGCAACUCGUUCCUCAAAACCAUCAGGCAGAUCAUUCGGGAGUCCGUGCGGAACAUGAGCAUACCCUCGACGAGCAAUCCUGCUCUCGUCGAUUAUAGGUCGCAGCAAUUGGCGCAACAGACGAUGACGAUGGGCCGACAUCACGACAGGAGCGAUAAAUCGUCGUCGGCCGCCACGAACGGCCAUCAUCCGUCGGUGCCGCCGAGCCUGCCCACGGGUAGCAGCGGUGGCACCGGCACGCUGUCCAAGAAGGCCAUGAAGCAGCAGAUGCUGUCCAACACCCUCGGCGCCCGGCGGAAGUACACGCACACGCGGCAGCCGAUCGAUCGCGACAGCAGCGAGGACGCCGAGGAGCUGCACCACCAGCAGAUGCGCCAGCAUCACGGCCAGCAGACGUUCCGCACCAGGAGCAAGACCAUCAGCGACAGCAGCGGUGAGACAAAGGUCGAGAUGGAAUCCGGCGCCAAGUCGGAAGGUGAAGAGGACUCGCAGGCGUACGGAGGCGAGAAGAAGACGAAUCUGGGACGCACGCCGAAUCACCUGACCCUUAGCACGACGUCGACGAUAUCGGCGGGCAGCACGGGCAGCCAAGCCAAGCUCAUACAAUCGUCACACCAUCCGGAGAAUUAUCAGCCGGCGCAGAUCAAAGAGCUCGGUUCUCCAGUCUGGAAACCGCGCGAGCUCGGCGAGUCGAUGACGCUGCCGCGCAAGGGCAAAGCCUCGGCCGCAGAGUUCGCCGAGGCCACGAGCUCCCUUCAGCAUGGCGGCGCGUCCCGCAAGUCCCUCUUCGAGAUCAACAAUCACGUUUAAAGUUCCACACAUGCAGACGUCGAAAUUCGAAACAAAUCACGACGCAGAUAAGAGACAAAAUACGACUUAUGUAAACGAGGAUCAAUCCUCCUCGUUUAGUAAUUUUUAAAAUGUAAGCCAACGGUACGAGAUUUGUGUAUCUCGUCGUGCUAACGAUGUAAUUAUAAAUAUACCUAACGUAUAUGGAGAAAACAGCACGUAACACGCGCAGCAAUAAUAAAAAAGCAAAAAAGGAAAAGAACUAGAAAGCUACGCCACGGUGCCGAUCAGGUGCGAAAAUGUAAAAAAAAACCAAAAACACACAACCACUAUAUGGGAAAAAAAGCUCAACGACGUACUUAUUACAUUAUAGUAAAAUAAAAAAUAUAAAUAAAUACUAAGUGUGCGUGUGUGCGACUGCGUGCGCGCGGCUUAGCAAAAUGCAGAGGCCAACAGCACCAGCAGCAUCGUACACGCGUCAUGUGUGCGUGUGUCGCGUGAAUGCGCAUAAAAUAUAAUUAUGCAUCCGAGACUUUCUUCAAAAAUGAAGAUGAUGAAGGAGGGGGAAAUAAACUUCAAUCGUGCAAAUAUUUAAAAACGAUUGCUGUCCGUGCUAAACGAAGCCCGCCCGCGCUUUAACUAUUAACAUAUAUGUACCGAUACCAUGUGUAUACCAACGACUUCUGGUUCGAGAUAUAUAAACCUCCUCUUUUCGAUAUCGCAUACGUAAAAGACUUAUAUAGGAUGCGACACUUAUUAAUAUUAAAAAUAUGUGUUACCUGCUAGGCGCACGAAUUUUAGCACACUCACGUUUACGAAGGCGCGUGCGCAAAACCCGUGAGAAUCGUUACCGAUUAUCAUACGAUACCUUUGAUAAGGUAAUCUUGACACUUGUACAAUGGGCGCCGUCGCCCCGUCUUCGUCACGAGCCGCGUCUAUGUGAGGCCAAAGAACACCUUAUAUAAAAUAUUAUAAUUUUACGAAGUAUAAAUGACCGGUUCAUUGUUUUUUGAUAUACAUCGCGCUUAUGUCGAUGUACCCGAAAUUCGACGCGGGAAUUUUUCCCGCGCACGAGCGAAUGAAGUGCUUGACCUUUAUUCGAUUGAAACCAGAACACUUCGUUUCUUAGAAUUGAUAAUUGAAGUAAAAUGAAAAAAUUGCCAAAGCUGUCUAAAUGACCUUGUGUGAAAUAACUAGUCCCCGCGGGUACGCGCAUCAAAUUGAGCAAAGUAAUUAACGAGCAAAAAUGCGCGUGCUUCGUAAUUGUAAAACGUUUAUUUUUAAUUAGAUAUCAUUAAAUUGAAUAUAUAAAAUGACUUAAAUUAAGUCGGGUUAUUAUUAAUUGUCUUCAUUCUAUGAUCAACCAUUUUCCACUUUUCACUUUGUUAAUUUUUAAGAUUACAACAGUGCCAAGUAUAUCAUAUAAAUAUUGUCUCAAGUGAAGCAGGAAAGGGGUUGGAUGUUGCAUAAAUAAAUAAAUCUCAUAUUAUCCUACCACGCGUACGUCGUUUAGAUUUUUUUAUGAUACAACAACGAGUCAUGAGUUUUUUCUCAAAUCCUCAACAAUGCACAUUGGAAUCUUACUACUCUAUAUUGUUAACGCAAAGUAAAGUAAUAUUUGGUAAAUAGUAAAAAAUAAAAGAUUUUUAUCGUCGGUUUGUUGGUACAAUUUUUAUACAAGUUCAAUUUCUAAUACGAUUUAAGCAAUUUUCCAAUGAUCUACAUUAAUAAUAUAGAGAUGCUUGAAAGUAAACGAAUUUGCUUCGAUUCUUGUAAACUUUUAUAAAUUACGUAAGUAUGGUUUUUGGACACUAUAUAGAUUACGUUUCAACGGAAAAUCAGUCUGAAUUGAAUUAAUUUUUUUUUUUAAAAACCAAACGCAUAAAUCAUAUAAUAAUUUAAAAUCAUCAAAUGUUACGAGUCAAGGUUUAUAGUUCGAGUUUAAAAAAAAUCGUAUGUUAUAUGUUGGGAUAAUAAGGCUAAAUUGAGGCGCCUCUUUUUUGGCUCGAUACAUUUUUUUUAUAUAUUAUAUAUAAAACCACGACCGUAUCGUGAUUUCCUUAUAUAAAAGUCAUGAGAAAAAGCACAUCAAUAGUGAGAGGCAUUAUUGUAUUAAACCCGAUAUACCCCCGAUUUUAUGGCCCUUUAGCGCAGACAGCAACGCGACAAAAUGAUGUAAAACAAAAGUGAGAACAAAAAAAAAUCAACUCUGUACAUAUUAAAAUAUCGUAAGAAUGAUUGUUGCGUGUGUUGAAAGAACGAUUUACAUGAGAGAAAAAGAGAGAGACGCAAGUGAUAAAAAAAAAGUGAAGAGGGGGUUUUACGAAAUAGUGUGUCACUGAAAAAAAUUCAAGUUAAUUAAAACUGACGACGACGUAAUCUUAUAAGAUAAAUAUUAUUAUCAUAAAAAAAUUCUUACAUCAUAAUAUAAAUAAAAUAUACACGAUAUAGAUUUAACUAUAUAAAACAUUGAGUGUAAGAAUUUGAAAAAUCAAUUAAAAAAUCGGCAGUACAUGCAUGGCGUGAUUUUUUUCCCAAACGCGCGUGCUAAAAAGAAAUUGACUCGCGUGCGCGCGACAAAAAUUGAGUCUCUCGACGACGGUGCCAAUAAUGCUGAUGCGCGAAGUUUGCACCCACUCCCGAAAGUUAAUUUAUUAUACACACUCGGGUGACGGGCGCGAUUUUGCAGGGCGCAAUCCUCUUGACGAUGGCGUUGUCGAUGCAAAAGAACAGAUCUUCCACUUAUUAAAAAAAAAAAAAAUGAAAAGAAAAAAAUUCAAAGGGUCUCUCGCGCGGCGGCUGCACUCUCGUUCGGUUGUAUCUCUGCACCACAACACGGCUGCAGAUUUAUAUUAUUACAUUAUAUUAUAUACGAAGACGAAAAAAAAACUUUCUGUGUCGAGCUCGAGAGUGCGCUUCCCCCGGGCGAAAAAUAAAAAAUAAAACGCAUGGAAUUUUAUUUUUCACAUUGCUUAUUGUAUAAACGGACCCGAGGACGCGCUCUCGAGGAGCGGCGGCGAAUCGGCAAAUUAUUCUCGGGAUAAAAAGAGGUAGUGGUGAGCGCGCGUCUUUAAUUGUCGGCCCGAAGACUGGCGUCCGCCGCGCCGUGACGACCCUGCGUAUCUCGUGUACCGUAAUAGAUCGUAAUCUUAUAAUUGUGUAACGCGCGAAUCUAGUCAAAAAGAACGAGUGAGAAAGAGAGUGAAAGAUAUGGGUUAGCAGAGCAAUCGACGAAGAAAUAAAGGAGCGAGGAGCGAAAGAGAGAGAAAGAGCUCGAAAGUAGGUGACGAAUGUGUGUGUGCUAGAGCAUGUGUUUCAAAGCGAAAAAUAUUUAAAAAAUAAAAAACAAAAAAUGGUUGUUGCAAUUGAUAAUGUAGGUUCAGUGAUAAGCUCUAUAUGUACCAUUGCAGUAUUUGCAGACGUCAUUGAUAUACAUUAUACAUGAAAAAAAAACUUAAAAUUAAAUUAAAAAUAAACUAAACAUAUACGUAUAGCGAUUGAUUCGGUAUUUGUUACGUAAGCAGAAAAAAAAACAGACACACACAUACACAUUGUUAAUGGGAGUACAUUAAUGGUUACUAGUGGACGAUAUCUAUACGAGAUUUUGAAUUUUUUGUGUAAAUCAGACGAGAGAAAGUAUUCAAAUAUAAAGAAAAAAAUAAAAUUAAUAAUAAUCAAUGAAAGAUUAAUCAUCGCACGUGCAGUACACGCACGAGGCGGGCGCGCGCGCGCUAUAUUAAUUAGCUCGGCGCGCAAUUACGCACACACAUACACAUUCCGGAGUAUAUGUAUCGAUAUGCGUGUAUACGCGUGUCUCUGUUUCGUGAAGCGCGCAUAUAAUUAUAUUCGUAAGAUAUAAAUAUUAACAAAACAAAACAAAAUAACAUUGAUCUGCGUGUAUAUACAUACUCACUGAAAAAAAGUAACGAUGUUAAAAUUAGUGUCCCAUACGCACGGCAUUGUAUCUCCGAUAAUAUACGAAUCUCGCAUAAAAAAAGCAAAAAAAAAAAUAAAGAAAAUCAAUCGAUGACUGUUAGGCUGGCUUGAGAAAGUCAAAGAAAAAUGACGAUCGAAUAAUACAUGAUACAAACUCGUUUUGAUUUUUCAAGAAUGGAUAUUUUUUUGCUAAUUUCUUAGCGUUGACUGAUUACAUCGAUAUAGUCAUUGACAAAAAAUGUACGAUUCAAACACGUUAUGUAAUUAUUAUCUAUAUAGUAUAAUUCAUAAUUUGUAAUAAAGGUGAGCGUACACGAGCCGCUGCGGCGAGUCAUUCAAAAAGUGUAACAAAAAUAAUUUAAAAAAAAGAGGUAGUGUAUACCAAUUCUUAAGAAACGAUGAAAGACCUUUGUCUCGACAAUCACGAAUGGGUCGGAGUUAGUUAAAGCGAUAUUAUUGAUAUAUUUAUACUUUGUGCGGGAGAAGAUGCAUCCGCGUCUUCGUUCAAUGUCAAUGAUGGUGAAUUAGAAACCACCAAAAUGAAAAAAAAAGAAGAAAUUAUUGGGGUUUUCGAGGAUCUAACUCGGUCUUGAUCGCAUCGCUAUUAUCAUCGAUAUUACACAUGAAUACAGACGGUUUAAAAUUUUACCCGCUCGAUCACACAUCCAGUACUGUGUAAAAAAACAAAUUAAAAUCUCAUAAAAAUGCCGUGCGUAAGAAGGAUUGAUUACAGAAAAAUGUAUAUUAAUGAGUCUUGCGGAUGAGGUUUCGAAGAAUUUGUGGCAAGCAUCGACGAACGACGCGAGAGGUGGAAAAAUUUUUUCAAUUUUCCGAAUGAAUUUUUAACAAAUAUUUAUACGAAGGAACGUAACUAUUAAUUCAAUGUUAUGAGAAUGUAGAGUUUUAACACGAUUACAAUAUAGAUUACUAUAUUAUAUUGAAUAGUUGAGCUUAUUUGUAUAAAAGAAAAUUUAAUAACACUAUUGAGUCCUGCUUCUUUGAUCGUCGAAAAAUUAAAACUCGUUCUUUCGUUUUUUUUAAUCGAGCAUAAAAUUUCUAUCAACGUUGAGUGAUGGUGCCAUGAGGAUGCAGAAUUACAGCGAUUACGACGAAAUUUUGACCCAUUAUCAAUAUAAUGAAAAUAAUAGCAUUAACGGGUGAAAAUAAAAAUAAUGAAAACUGUUAUCACGAGUGUAUAUUACAAGCUUAAAAUAUACUUUAUGAAUGUAUGUUGCAAUAAUUAAAAAAAAACACAGUUUUUUGUGAACCACUGCAAUGGAGGCAUUUAGUCGCUGCCGCUGUACUUUCUCAUCCUUGACCAAUGAAAAAGCGAAAGAGAAAAUAAUACCAAAUCAUACUUUUUAGUACUUAUUAUUAUGAAAAAA